UCGGCGCAGGCGCAGUCGGCGCGGGUUCUGCCGCGGGCUCAGGCGCGUUGACGGGGGCGGCGGCGGCCAUGGACGACGAGGAGGAGACGUACCGGCUGUGGAAGAUCCGCAAGACUAUCAUGCAGCUGUGCCACGACCGUGGCUACCUGGUAACCCAGGAUGAGCUGGACCAGACGCUGGAAGAGUUCAAGGCCCAGUUUGGAGACAAGCCGAGUGAGGGGCGGCCGCGGCGCACAGACCUCACGGUGCUGGUAGCCCACAAUGACGACCCCACUGACCAGAUGUUCGUCUUCUUCCCAGAGGAGCCUAAAGUGGGAAUCAAGACCAUCAAGGUGUAUUGCCAGCGGAUGCAGGAGGAGAACAUCACCCGGGCCCUCAUCGUGGUGCAGCAGGGCAUGACCCCCUCCGCCAAGCAGUCCCUGGUAGACAUGGCCCCCAAGUACAUCCUGGAGCAGUUUCUGCAGCAGGAACUACUCAUCAACAUCACGGAGCACGAGCUGGUCCCAGAGCACGUCGUUAUGACCAAGGAGGAGGUGACCGAGCUGCUGGCCCGGUAUAAACUCCGAGAGAACCAGCUGCCCAGGAUCCAGGCCGGAGACCCGGUGGCCCGCUACUUCGGGAUAAAGCGAGGGCAGGUGGUAAAGAUCAUCCGGCCCAGUGAGACCGCAGGGAGGUACAUCACCUAUCGGCUGGUGCAGUAGCCGCCCAGCUCACAGAUGGGGCUGUGGCCACCGCCGCCGCCCCCCAGGAACCUCACCACUGCUGCUCUGGACCCCGGGGCGACCUCCCCUGGAUGCUGAGCCCCACCCUGGACCCUGCGUGACCGUGCCUCCGGAGGGGACAGGAUGCCACGGGGAGGCCUGCAGCAGCCGGUGACCCACAGCAGUCCUGGCUCAAGUCUCCGGCCAGCCCCCACCCCUGUGGCCCUAGGGUGGCCCUGAGGCCGUCUGAGCACACCCGGGGCAGCAGGGAGCGAGUUACUAUUUGAUGCUGGGUGUUUUUAAAAAUUAAAAGUAUUUGUGCAAGUAAA